AUGUUACUUCUUGCGUCGUUUAUAUCGUUAGACACACCUAUUAUUUGGAUACUUUUUUGCGGGUUGUUUUCCGAUACACAAUCUUUAGCGUUGCUUCCUAAACCUCUUUGCAACAUUUGGUUUUGCAGAGGUCGCAGAGAAUCCACUAAACAACAAGCAUUUUGUUAUUCCACCUCGCCGUCACUGACGAAUAACUUCACACCAGUGGAUUUAUUUAAGUCUGCUGACGAAGCCCAUCCAAAAAGUGAAAUUACCACUAGCGAACCGAGAAAAAGGGAAAUCGAUCGUAACCUAGCGCUUUGUCGACCAAAAAUUGAUCAUAAUAUCGCAAAAACUUUCAAACCUUCAAAAGAAUGCGGAAGAGUUAUAGAGGUUAAUAACUUAACAAUAUGGGUUGGGAGCCGUGUUUUAUUUGACAAUGUAAAUUUCCGGGUCCAUAAAGGGGAAUGCAUCGGCAUCGUUGGUAAUAAUGGCAACGGCAAAAGCAGUUUGUUGGACGCCGUAUACAACAGACUUAGCGGCAUCGAUACCCCAACUACAGCUUUAUCUGCAUCCAUGGACAUCAAAAAAUGGCUUCCUGAAUUGCCACGUACCAGUGCGAGACAGUUAGAAACGUAUCAAAUGCUCUACUACAUGCGAAAGCGAGGUCACAGUUUGAAUGAUCUAUCACAUAUGCAGUUAGAUGAAAUUAUUGCUUCAGGUGACUAUUCUCGUUUUUUGAAUUUCGAAAGCAUUUUCACAGCAGACACAUCGCUUUACAGCCACGUGGCAUACAUGCGACAGAACUAUGUGUUGAAAUUGGAUGAUUCUAUGUUAGUAGAGAAGAUAAUAAAGGAUACACACACUGCCUGCCGUACACGUAUUUCUAUCAUACAAGAGAUUGAAGACCAUCUGGACCAUCUCAACUAUAUCGCUAGUGGCACGAUUGCUGCUGGUAUCCACAUUCUGGAAGGGAAGGAUGCUGAUGCAAUAAAGAAGGCUGAAUGGGCCAAACGAAUACUAACGGUAUACAAUAGUGACAGCCAAUUUGUGCGUGAGAUGUCUAGGGAUUUGGACAUCAAGAUCACUCAUCUCAUAGAAAUGUUUGGCAUGAGGGACAUGCUGACUUUGAGAGUAGGCGAGCUGAGUGGCGGUUUAAAGAUGCGAUUAUGCUUAUUGAUACACCUGAUAAAUAGACCUCAACUGCUAUUUUUGGACGAACCAACGAAUAACUUGGAUAUGGAAUCCGUAACGUUCCUUUCCACUAUAAUUAAACGUCUUAUUAAAACGACUGGGUUGUCAGUCCUCCUCAUUAGUCACAAUCUCCAUUUUCUCAACACAUUGUGCAGUUCUAUCCUCCACGUACCUGGUGACGGUACGUUGUCAUUAUAUACGGGGGACUUCGACAAAUUUGUGGAAAAGGGUUCAAGUCUGCUGCAGGGUAGAAAGUCGCGAUUACAGCACCUGGAAGCUAACUUGAAGAAAUUACAGCAGCAAUAUCAUGUACAGUUAGAAUCCACAAAAGGGUCACAGAAACAAAAAAAAGUUUCGCUUUCGCAAAAACGACAGUUGAUAGAGGAGACUGAGGAUAUGGUAGAGAGAGUAAGGGGUGCUCAAAAAAGUUCUUAUAGUGAUGCGUACGAGCGCUGCUUAUUGUUGAAUACGCCUUAUGCAAACACAGAUCAAUUUAUGCAUCUCCCACUGCUCAAAAGAGGCACAUUUGUCUUCCCCGAUAAGCCGGCGUUCACUCUCCAAAACCUUAAGCUGUGCAAUAAGGCGAAUGAGGCGUUACUUUCCAAUGUGUCAUUGACUAUUCAUAAUGGAGAUCGAGUCCUUCUGUUGGGUAAUAAUGGUUCGGGAAAGUCCACCCUGCUAUCACUGCUUAAUGCAGUGGCGCAUGCCUCAAAUACAGGUAUUGAAGACGUUAAUAUAGUAUUGAACGGGCAAUCGCACUUUCGUGUAGAAAGCGGCUACUGUAAAGGCAAAAAAAAUACCAGUGUUAACACCUUCUCACAGAACUGUAGCGACCUGCUAAGGUCUACUUUAUCAGUUGAAACUUUGGCCAUGAACUUUGCAGGUGUAGAUGCGUCGAGGAGUGAACAACUGACAAAAUAUCUGUCUGCCUUCCACUUACAAGAGUUCAUGGACGUUAAUGUUUGCGAUUUGUCAUUUGGUGAGCGAUCGCGACUACUACUAGCCUUGCAGUUUAUCCGCGACUCAGCGUUUGUUUUCUUAGAUGAGCCCAGCAAUCACCUGGACGUCUAUAUGCAAAAGAAGCUGUCACACCUUCUCAACAAGGUGUACACUAAAGGCGGUGUGGUUGUCGCAACACACGAUUUGCAACUGCUACAGAGCCUCGAACGUGUAACUACAGUGAUUUACAUUCACGAGCGCGACAAAGUUUACGUGUUCAACGGCGAAUUUAAGGAUGCGUACCAUCGGCUAAAAACAGACAAGCCGGAUGUGUCGCACGACGCAAUGGGUGCUUUCUUGGAGGGUUGCAAACGGUCUUACCCGCGCGAUCCAUUCCCUCAUGCUACCCGCCCAAACUCGAUGCCGGAGGGUGAGGAUUCCAAGCAAAAAAGAUCGAAAAGUCAAAAACAUGACAGUAGAAGUUCGUACACACCCCGUAGGGGAAAGAUUAAAAAUGCGAAACGUUACACCUAG